AUGCCUCACAACCAUAUAACAAAUGAUCAGGAUGGAGAUUCGGAGCAAAACGAGCCUGGACCUCGUCUAGAAACCAGCUGGAAGACCCUUUUCAGCUUCACAUCACGAAAACAUUUACCCGUUCUAAUCACUGGGUCGAUCUUCGCUCUGUUUGCGGGCUGUGUGACCCCCAUUCUGGCAGUCCUUCUAGGGAAUGUGUUUGAUGCCUUUACAUCAUUUGGAGCUGGACAGGCAGAUGCGGAUACAUUGCGCUCAAAGAUUGCGACGAACUGUCUAGGAAUGGUAGGAUUAGGAGCUGCCGGUUGGUUUCUGAACGGUGCAUAUUUUAUGAUUUUUGUUGCUUUUGGGGAGUUUCAGGCUGCGAGCAUCCGUCGAAAGGUUUUUGUAGAGCUUUUGAAACGAGAUAUCGAAUGGUUUGAGGCGCAGCGAGAAGGGUCUGGGGCGUUUCUGUCGGGUAUCCAAGCUCAUAUUCAUGAUCUGCAGAUGGCAACCUCUCAACCUCUUGGCCUUCUACUACAAUAUGCUUGUCGGUCAGUGGCUUCUUUGAUAUUGGCCUUGGUGAUCUCCUGGAGACUUUCUCUUGUCACCCUUGCGGGAAUUCCAAUAUUUUCUGCCCUCAUCGCCUACCUCUCCACCCGAAUGAACUCCAGUAUCUCGGCACAGCAAACCGAACUUACGUAUGCCUCCAAAAUCGCAAACAAUGCCAUUUCUUCCAUCGACACGGUCAAAUGUCUGAAUAGUCAAGCAUUUGAGUGGCAAAGCUUCGCCAGUCGGAUUGAGCAGUCUGCGAUCCACUAUCUUCGACAGGCGCGAUUAAACUCUUUCCAAAUUGCACUGAUACGAUGGAUGAUGUUUGGGAUGUUUGUCCAGGGUUUUUGGUACGGCAGUGGUCUUGCGCGCGCUGGCAUUCUAUCCUCAGGCGAUGUCAUCACAACAUUCUGGGCCUGUACAACCGCCGCUCAGUCAAUCGAGCAGGUCCUUCCGCAGAUGAUUGUCAUGGAAAAGGGCAAGGUAGCAAGUACGAUGCUGAAGAAACUCAUGCAAAAGUCUGUAAAAGAUGGUUGCCACAGUGAAAUUAAGGGCACCGUCUUACCCCGUCGCUGCGAUGGUGAUAUUGAACUCAACAACGUAUCGUUUUGCUAUCCAUCACAGCCAGAGACAUGUGUUUUGAGCUCCUCAUCAUUCUUCUUCCCAGCAGGAGACACAACAUUUGUGAUAGGAAAAAGUGGAUCGGGUAAAAGCACCCUUGGUCAGUUGAUAAUGCGGUUUUAUUUCCCGACCUCGGGAGAAAUCCUCAUUGAUGGACACAAAGUCGAUUCACUAAGCAUCAACUGGAUUCGAAAUAAUAUCACUCUACUCGAACAAAAGUCAAUUUUAUUCAAUGAUUCGGUCUUGCAGAACAUCAAGUUCGGGAGUCUGUCUUCUGAAUCAAUCUCCAGGAUAGAUAUCGAAGAGUCAAUUGAACUAGCAAUGCUGGGAAACAUGUUGGAAGGUUUACCGCGAGGUAUUGAUACUUCUGUUGGCCCUGGUGGGAGCUUUUUAAGUGGAGGUCAACGGCAAAGAGUGGCAAUCGCUAGAGCUAAGCUGCGCGACACAUCAAUACUGAUCCUGGAUGAGCCAACCAGUGCCUUAGACAAUACUAACCGUGUAGCCGUCAUGAAAGCAAUACGCCAAUGGCGCCAAGGGAAAACGACAAUCAUCAUCACUCAUGACAUGUCGCAAAUUCUAGAAGAUGAUUUUGUUUACAUCCUGGAGCACGGAUCCAUUACGCAUUCCGGCUUCAGGAAACAACUUGAUAAUCGUGCAGGAUGUGAAAAAUACUUUCCCUCAGCUAUGAGACUCGGACUUGAGAAAGAAGAUUUGGGAAUUGAAGGUGAUAAAACAGAACACAUCUCAUCCGGCGGGUCGACCCUCGGCAGCCUGCGUAUGCCUAAACGAGUACGCCAUAAUCGGAAUUCAUCGUGGGCACAACAUCACCUUCCUCCAGGUUUUCGGUCAAGCACAUAUGGGAUGGCAGUCAAGAGGCAUUCCUUCCACGCAAAUGCUCUAUCGGAUGGCGUGGAUGGGUCAGAGGAGCUGCAAUCUAUGUCAUAUCUUCCUUUCAGCAGCUCAACUCCAGAUCUCAUUUCACCCUUGUCACAUACAUACGGUGAAAUCACAGGAAAGGACUUUGAGAUGGUCGCAAUGACCAGCCCGAGGACGGAAAUGGACAGCCCAGUGCAUUAUGUCUCUCCCAGCUCAGUACAGUACCUCGGUCCAGAAUAUGCGAACCGGCUUAGCCACCGACGCAAGCCAUCUAAACCAAAGGCGGGAAAGAAAGGUGACGCGCCCUCUUUGGCUCAAAUAUUGGGCACAAUCAUGCCAAGCCUGAGCGCAAAGCAAAGUCUCAUCCUUCUUGUGGGAGUUCUAUCGGCAUUGGCCCAUGCAAGUGCCACCCCUGUCUUUUCAUACUGCCUUUCGCAAUUAAUCGGAACUUUCUAUGCGGGUAAGGACAGCGCAAAUCUAGCCAGAAAAUGGUCCCUCGCUGUUCUGGGUGUAUCCUGUGGAGACGGUCUGUCCUCAUUUCUCAUGCACUAUUUCCUGGAAUUUUGUGCCGAGGCAUGGCUGGACACACUGCGUGGGAAGGCAUUUGAACGCAUUCUUGAACAGCCAAAAGCAUGGUUUGAAAAGGAUGGCCAUGGUUCAUCCAGGCUUGCAUCCUAUCUUGACCAGAAUGGAGAAGACAUGCGUAAUCUACUGGGUCGUUUUGCUGGGUUUGUCAUAGUUGCAGCUGCCAUCAUGAUCAUGGCGAUCAUUUGGAGUUUGGUGGUUUGCUGGAAGCUGACUGUGGUGGCCCUUGCAACUGGUCCGUUCAUUUACGCCAUCACGCGCGGAUUUGAAGGGACUAAUGGCGUAUGGGAGAGAAGAUGCAAUGAAGCAAGCGGCGUGGCGACAGACAUCUUCACCGAGACUUUUUCAGAAAUUCGAACUGUUCGAUCAUUGACGCUUGAGGGGCACUUUUCAAAGAAGCACAGCGAUGUCGUGACUAGCUGUCUGGAAAUUGGGCUGAAGCGUGCCAUUUACACCGGCUUGCUAUUCGGUAUGGUGGAAUCGACGGUUAUGUUUGCAUGUGCUCUUAUUUUCUACUAUGGAGCAGCUCUCGCUGCCUAUGAGUUCGCGGUGGACGACGUGGUCCAAGUGUUUUCACUGCUGCUUUUCAGCAUUGGAUACGCAGCGCAGAUUCUAUCAUGGAUUCCUCAAAUCAACACAUCAAAGGAUAUAGCCACUCGUCUCAUCGAACUAUCAAAUCUUCCCAAGCUUGGAUCACAUGAAUAUCGCGGCUCCCUAAUCGUCUCUAAUCUGACACCAAUCAAGUUGACCAAUGUUGUUUUCCGAUAUCCCUCAAGACCAGACACUAUGGUUCUGAAAAAUGUUUCCAUGAAAAUCUCACAGAACACCUGUACAGCCAUCGUCGGUCGAUCAGGGUCUGGCAAGUCAACCAUUGCAUCUUUGUUGUUGGCACUAUAUGUCUGCCCAGAAUCUCGCUCCGGAGAACCCACAAUAACACUAGGAGGGGAAGACAUAUCACGGCUACAUGUCCCCACCCUACGUUCUCAGAUCGGCAUUGUAUCACAGCAACCAACUAUUUUCCCAGGGACCAUCUACGCUAAUAUUAGUUAUGGCAUUGAUCUUCAGUCACCAAUGACCUCCAUGGAUAGUGUCCGUGCUGCCGCAAGAGCAGCCGGGAUUGACGAUUUCAUCACCUCGCUUCCCAGAGGAUACUGGACCGUGAUUGGCGAUGGGGGCAUUGGCCUUUCCGGAGGCCAGAAACAACGCAUAGUCAUUGCCCGUGCUUUGCUGCGCCAUCCUCAGAUACUUAUCUUGGAUGAAGCUACAUCUGGUCUUGAUCCAGCAGGUGCGGAGAUUGUUCGUCAAACUAUUCAGCAUCUAGUGUCCGUGCGCCCAGAGCUGACGGUCAUCAUUAUCACGCAUGCCAAGGAAAUGAUUGAGAUAGCAGACCAUGUCAUUGUGCUUGACCAGGGAGUUGUGGUAGAAGAUGGUUCAUAUCAGGUGCUCGCACAGCGAAUGAAUGGCAGAUUGUACGAAUUGAUCAACGAUCCCGAGGACGGGGAAUAG